AUUAAUCCAUUGAAAUUUUACGUUUAAUAAAAAAAAUAUUUAUUUUCCAACAACACAGAAUAUCAACGGAAACAUCCCCUCUCGAGCAUGCGCACAUUCCUUGUACAGGUGCCAUCGCAUCACAUGACCUGAACAUUGGCCCCGUGACCAAAAUUGAAGGAAAAUUCAAAAUUGUUUUGUACAUUUCAUAGGAAUUCCGAACUAUGGAUAUGCUAGAUCCGUUAGAGCCAGGAGAUUCUGGCGAAGUGGAUAGUAAAUUAAUGUUGGAUGAAAUUCAUAUCAAAGGACAAGUAAUAGAUAGUGAUGAUGAGGGCAAUGUAGAUCACCUCUCUCCUCAAACUUUAUUAGAAACUCCUGGAGAGCAUGAGGUGCAGUAUUCUCUUCGAUCACCUGAAGGAAAUAUGAUAACCUAUCGAGUGUUACAAGUUGAUGACAAUGGUGUUGAAGCAGUCCCCCAAAUAGUAACCGCUGGGUCAACCGGUUAUACAAACGCAGCAGUGCCUCAAGUAUUGACAAGCAAUUUGAAUGGACAACUUUUUGUGAUAGGAAAUGCAAAUGAAGUGUUUACGUCAUCACCUGGUGGAACCCGAGCAAUAGCACCUAGGUCUUCGCUUCUCGAAACUAAUAACAGUGUCGUUACCAACAUCAAAAAGAGGGACGAACGUAGACGAGCGACUCAUAACGAAGUGGAAAGGAGACGCCGAGACAAAAUUAAUAACUGGAUAACCAAAUUGGCGACCAUCAUACCGGAUAAUUCGCCGAACGAAUUACGAACCAGUGGUAACUACGACGGUCUAUCCAAAGGAGGCAUCCUGGCAAAAGCCUGCGACUAUAUAAUGGAAUUAAGGGAGACUGAAAAUAAAUAUGAAGCCAUGUCACGGGAGUACAAACAAAAGGAGCAAGAAAUGGAGGCGUUGAAAGUGAAAACCACAGCUUUGGAGAGAGAAAAUAGAGAAUUGAAAGCCAUACUGAAAAAGAAUGGGAUUUUGUAUGUAUCAAACGAAUUGCCAUCCUAGUAAGUGUAAUAAUAACUAUGUUGUGAAACGUAAGUUAUGAAUAUUGAGUAUUUGUUAUAUAUUUUUUAUCUUAUUUUUACUUUAUAGUUGAUAUUUUUUAAUUUGUUGUACAGAUUUUGAAAUGGGACUCUAUUUCAAUUCGAAUAUACAUUAAAUGGUUGAUAUAUAGUUGAAAUUAUUGUACAUAAUAAAAACAUAUGUAUA